UAUCAGCAAGUAAAAAUCUCCUUGGUUGAGUUAAGAUUUAAUUCAUAAUUUUACGGCUAUAUUUGGAUUAAUAACACCAUGAAUAUGUCACAUUACAUUUGGUACAUAUCCAGCACAUUAACAUAUUGUCUGACGCUCGUCGGCUGACUUUUAUUUUGGCGUCACCGGAUGUGCUUUGCCGUUUCCCGCGUGCUAGCUCGACAGCCUCUCAUCCCAGAAGCUAGAAGCGCAAAACCGAACAACAGCUGAGUUUGCACGAAGAUCCCGCAAAUCACCGCAACGUUGAAUUCAACUGUAGCACCGGACACGGACACGCGUGACCGUCGAGAGCCGAAGAAACAACUGUCACCCGCGGAAACCUCGGAAACGGCGCAGGGAAGAAGCAGCGGCAGCGCGUCCAGCAACCCCCGGCAAACAAAGAGGUCCCCAUCUUCAGCGACAACAUUUUUCCUCCAUAUUCCAUAGUUAUGAGUCAUGUGGCCAUCGAGAAUGCCCACGGCCUGGAGCAGCAGCUCGCUGUCCUCGACUUGAGUGCUGCAGAUGGACAAAUUGGAGGCAAUAGCAGUAAGGAGGCAAAAUGGCGAUACAUUCCUCCGCAUUUACGGAACAAAGAUGCUUCCAAAAAUGCAGGAAAUGCCUUCGCCGCUGGUCGACAAGGUGUCUACGCCAUGGCGCCUCCAGCCAACUUUGGUUGGGACGGAGGGCGCAACAACUUUGUAAAUGGCUACCAUGACAACCGCAUGGCCGGCAACACAUUUAACCGGGGCCCGCCUCGCAUGGAGCGGGGAAGAGGCGGCGGAGGCGGUUACCGUGGUAACAGAGGAGGAGCCUUCAACCCCAUUAACCCAGCACAGCCAAUGGGAUUUGGUUGCUUCGAAAACAAAGGUGGGAUCCAGCAUCCAAAUGAGAGUUUCCUCUACAAUGCAGGUGGCUGGAACACAGCCAAGGACGCCUAUAACAGUUUUGGUAACAACCGAGGGAAGUCUGCAUUCUUCAAUGACAGGGGCAACGCUAAUAGAGGGAGGUUCGAGCAUGGCGGAUUUGGUGGUGGAGGAGGAGGAGGAAACAGCCGCUGGGUAGAGGAGUCCCGAGAUGAAGGGGAUUGGUCCAAACCAACACCACGUAACGAACGCCUUGAACAUGAGCUGUUCUCUGCCAGUAACACGGGCAUUAACUUUGAGAAAUAUGAUGACAUUCCUGUUGAGGCCACAGGGCAGAACUGCCCCCACCACAUUGAGAGUUUCCAAGACGUGGACAUGGGUGAGAUUAUCAUGGGUAACAUCGCUCUGAGUCGCUACACAAGACCGACCCCUGUCCAGAAAUAUGCCAUUCCAAUCGUCAAGUCAAAGAGAGAUCUCAUGGCAUGCGCACAGACAGGUUCUGGAAAGACUGCAGCAUUCCUGCUGCCGAUUCUCAGCCAGAUCUACACUGAGGGACCAGGAGAAGCUUUGAAUGCAGCUAAAGCCUCUGGACAGGAGAACGGGAAGUACGGACGUCGUAAGCAGUAUCCAAUGUCUCUGGUACUGGCUCCAACCAGAGAGCUGGCUUUGCAGAUAUAUGAUGAAGCCAGGAAGUUUUCCUACAGGUCCAGAGUGCGUCCCUGUGUUGUGUACGGAGGAGCGGACAUUGGCCAGCAGAUCAGAGAUCUGGAGAGAGGCUGCCACCUACUGGUUGCUACACCAGGAAGACUGGUAGACAUGAUGGAGAGAGGCAAGAUCGGACUGGACUACUGCAACUACCUGGUCCUGGAUGAAGCAGAUCGCAUGUUGGACAUGGGAUUCGAACCACAGAUCAGGCGCAUUGUCGAGCAGGACACCAUGCCACACAAAGGCCUCCGGCAAACCAUGAUGUUCAGUGCUACCUUUCCUAAGGAGAUCCAGAUCCUGGCCAGGGAUUUCCUGGAGGAGUACAUCUUCCUGGCCGUGGGCAGAGUGGGUUCCACCUCAGAGAACAUCACUCAGAAAGUGGUGUGGGUGGAAGAGAGCGAUAAGAGGUCUUUCCUCCUGGACCUGCUCAGUGCUACAGGCAAGGACUCGUUGACUCUGGUUUUUGUGGAGACCAAGAAAGGCGCCGAUGCCUUGGAGGACUUCCUGUAUCGGGAGGGCUACGCCUGCACCAGUAUCCAUGGUGACCGCUCCCAGAGAGACCGCGAAGAGGCCCUCAGCCAGUUCAGAUCAGGAAAAUGCCCCAUUCUGGUUGCCACAGCGGUGGCAGCUCGGGGGCUGGACAUCUCCAACGUGAAGCAUGUUAUUAACUUUGACCUGCCCAGCGACAUAGAGGAGUACGUCCACCGCAUCGGACGUACAGGACGAGUUGGAAACCUGGGACUGGCCACAUCGUUCUUCAAUGAUAAGAACGGGAACAUCACUAAAGACCUGCUGGACAUCCUCGUAGAGGCCAAACAGGAAGUUCCCUCUUGGCUUGAGAGCUUGGCCUAUGAGCACCAGCAUAAGAGCAGCAACAGAGGACGCUCUAAGAGGUUCGCUGGAGGGUUCGGAGCACGUGACUAUCGUCAGACGGCCGCUGGAGCAAACACCGGAGGGUUUGGCGGACGCGGAGGUCGCAACCAGUCAGGACAUGGAGCAACCCGAGGCUUUGGAGGAGGUGGUUUUGGAAACUUCUACACCAGUGACGGAUACGGCGGCAACUACUCGCACUCUCAAGUUGACUGGUGGGGCAACUAGGUUCCUCCUCUCUCCUCCAUCCCUUCUCCUUCACUCAUUCUUCUUUCUUCUUCUCACUCAUCCUCAUUCCUUUCCUCACACUGUCUGCACUCCAUCUGUCUACAUCCCCUCCAUAAAGAAUCCACGUGCAUGUUAUUGGACUAUUUAUACUCGUUUAUAUAGCCCCCCUUCCAUCUUUAUGCGCUAAGAUCUUUUAAUUCCUCUUCUUUCCAUCUCGCCCUUCGUCGUUACAGUUUUCCGUUUGGUUUUUGAUUUCUUAGUUCCUGAUGACUCUCGCCUCUUACAAUUGGCCACAGUUUAAAAGGAUUCUUCAUUUUAGCGGGUUAUUUUUUAGCCACAGGUUUACUUCAAGCUAGCAACAUCCUUUGUUUUCAGCAAGGACAUUUUAAAGUAUUUUCCCCUCUGUGACACGUCUGAAGAGAAAAAACCAGUUAUAAAGUUUUACGUGUUCUUUUAUAUGAUACACACAAGAUUGACAGUGUGUGGACUUCUACAUUACAGUAGUAGAAGACCAGAGGGAUAUUCAUUUAUGUCAGUUUAAGAUUUUAGUUUUGGCUUUAUUAUUUUUGUCUGUAUUCACCCAAAGCCAGCUUCCUGUGUCCCUCCACACGCCAUCUUUGUAUGUAACGCAUGGCCAUGUUGUAAAUCACCGGCCAGGAACUUUUCUAAAACAUAGCGCGGAGAAAGGUGAGGCUGAGGUGUACUUCACUUACACGACAGAUUCUUAAAAUGGGCUAAAGAAACCGCAAAAAUUUGUUUUUUUUGUCACCUUUUUAAAACAUUCGUUUUGAGAAAAAUGUCUGGCAGAGACUGAAGAGACGAGGAGCUGGGGCGCUUCCAGUGGUUGUUAAUAUCACAAUGACAAAUAGCAUUUCUUUGUUUGAAGCAAAACAUAAUGGAGAAUCAUUUGUUUCUGUACUGUGCCUUUCAGCAGUUGAACUUUUGUCCCUUAUUUCCAUUGUUUUUAUUGCCAUUAUGCUUUACUGGCCACAAGUAUCGGCCAACUGUGACUGAAAAAAUGUGUAUUCAAUGUCAUGUAUGGGUUCAGUCAUGUUUUCUUUAUUUCUAUUUGGAAGGAAACAAACUAGGCUUGAACUAAAUCAAACCUUGGCAAAAAAAAAAAAACUAAAUAAAAUCUGUGGUGAGGAACCUCAACACUGUUCCUUAUCUGUCUAUUGGAGUUCAAAUUCAUCUGGAGGUCUCUGAUGAGCUGAUUCCCAACUGCGUAUUACCACUGUCACCACGUUUCUGUACUUUUUGAACAUACCCCCAUCCAGAGCCACUAAAAAGGAUUAAAAAAAACAUUACAUUUGGCUUAAUUAGGCAGUAAAUAGAGAUAACAGCAGUGGUUUUAUGCCUUUGGGAAACAAAGUCCGACUCAUUGACCUGUAUGUCACAUCUAUAGCUCUGGUUUGAGCUCGAGUUUGAGUUUCUCAAAACCAUGUUGUCACUAACUGUUGGGUCACAGUUCGACAGGGAGUCACUGAGAGAGAGUUUGGUUGUGCUGUGCAGCAGCAGAUGCGUCGUGUUGCAUUCCGCAGUGUUUACCUUCAAAUAUGUGGUUGUAAUUGUAGAGAUGAUCCUCAAAGUGUUAUGUUAGAUUUGUCCUGUUGCAGUUAAGUUUUUAGCAUCAAGAAUCUUUCGGCUAUGAAAAUCUUGCAAGAUUUGAGUCUCUUGAAUUUGAAACCACAUCCUACAGUGAUGCCAAAGCAGCACUAUAAAAAUGUUACUUAAAACCACAACAUGGCUGCUGCUGCUGAAAACAACAGUUAUGAAACUUCAUCAGUGACUCUGGAUGUUCAUCUGACUCUUAGUGCCACCAUGCUCUUGGGAAACUGGCUCCGCUUCCACCACAAACAUUGAAAAGCCCUUGUUUGCCAAAAAGCUUCUUUCAAGGGGAUACACAACUUAAAAAAACGGCUAUAAUAGUACAAAAAAAAAUCUUGCUCACUCUAUCCUGGAGAGUUACAUGAAGAGUCUUCUCUAAAAUAAGUAAUUCCAGUUUAUUUGUUAGGUCUUACAGAUCUGUUGAUGUCGGGUAUAAAAGUAGAGAAUCUGUAGCCUAAUCUGUUUCACAGCAGGGAGAUGCUGGGGCUUCUGGGAGAUAUAACCACACGUCUGUAGCACAUUUUAAUCAUCGUGUCGUCAUCGUGUCUUACUGUGCUGUAUUCCACCCAUGUCUACUCGGCUUUAGAUUGUAGGUGCUUUAAUUGCUUUGAACGUAUAUGAGUCUCAUCACUUUCUUUUCUAAUGAAGUCAAAUUCUCCACUGCAACGUUUCAAAGAUACCAGCCAAAAUUUUCGCGAGUAGCUUUUAAAGGCAACACACGUCGGAGUCAUUUCAUGUUGCUUCACAGCCGCUGCACCGUCACUUUCUACGUAAGCUGCACACCAGCAGCAUGUUGGCAUUAGUGAUUUUAUUUUACUUGCAUCAAAGUGCAACUGUUCAUUCCAGCUACUGCGACUUAACUGUCGCUUCCUUCCUGUGCGUCUAUGUUAUUGUGAAAUGAUGCAACACUGCUGGUGUGUGCUACACUUUGACAAAUCUCGGAGCCACUCCGCUAUUGUCUAAGGAUAAAUGAUCCUCUGGGGGCAACGGCCAAUUUUUGGGGCUGCCAACAUGCCAACAUGCGUCCAAUGCAUUUAUUUGUAUCAUACAAAGAGGGAUGCGUAUUCAAGACAUUUUUGGCUGAUCUCUAUGAACAGCUAUGCAUCUGAGUGCAAAUAAGUACAAAAACGAUAGUCAAUGCGUUUCGUUCAAUGUGGUCCUGCUCUUUAUCUCCCCACACAUACUGUUUACAGGCAAGCAACUAAAACCUGCUCAAAGUCUGGUCCCUCUACAGAUUCUGCAUAUUCACAUGCAGAAUCUGUUUAUAGAGAAUACGCUUUGGCCAAACGCUGUCCCACGUUAUCCUAAAGAAUCCUUGCGUCUGCAUAGCACAGUAAGAUAUAGGACGGAUAAAGUGUGCUAAUGGACAAGUGGCAUAAAAAACACUUGAUAUAUAUUUAAUGCUUAAUACCUGGUUAGCCCCACUUUGCUCUGCCAUGGAACCAGGCUACAAGUAGCAGUUGACCUGCACCCAUGAUGUCCGUGUUUGGUCCCAGUUUGAACAUAUAAGAGAAACUCCACUGUCAUUUGAAUGAUUCAGUGGUAGAAGCCCAAUCCCCCACUCUCUUAUCAGCAGCAGAAUAUGCCAAAAUGCACUGUUGCUGCCUGGUGGGGACAUUUUUGUUUUUUAUCAGGGUAUUCAUUUGUUUUGUUUACAUCAAUAAUUUUAGUGAAAUAAAAAAAAUCUAGGUUGUGUAUAUAGUUAGGCUCUUUAAAAUAGAAAGAGAAGAAUCUCCACUGAAAAAGAAUGUGAAUUAAAAGUGAAACAACACUUGAUGUGUAGAAGAUUAUCUUUGAUCACUCGACAUUGGACCACGCAGUGUCUGAUAAACUGAGCUCAGUGGGCAAUUUGAACCAGCUCAGCAGAUUUAUUCUUUACAGUUUUAUACACACCCAAUCAGAUUCCCUCAAAUUGCCCACUGGCUUUGACACAUGACAAGGCUGGACCAAGGCAACAAAACAUGCAAGUGUUGUUGUUUUUUGGUCAAGGAGGUAAAAAUGCCAAACCAAUGAUUACAAUUCUACAGCAGGCUUUAGUUAUCAUUUUUUUUCCGGUCGUCUAUUCCUUUUUUUUUUUUUUUUUUUACACUUCUUGUCAUGCUCGGGUCAGUCUUUGAAUCCGUGUCCCUCGAGUACAAGUUGAUAAGGAGGUUCAGCGAAGUAGUUGGCGCGAUUCGAGAAGAGUUUGAGGCCAGAGGACUCAGCAGACAGCAGAUCACAUGCAAAACCUUUUUUGUGUAGAUUCUCCAAAAAGCUUCUAUUUGUGGCAGGAGAGACAGUUGUGGCAAUCGAGGGAGGACGCAUCGACCACGUCAACCUUCCGAAUGAGCUGAAAACUGAAAAUUAGUUUGCGUUUUUGAUCAGUUGCUGUUUAAGUGUGGUUCAACUGUUACUGUAGCGCAUCAUUCUCUCUAUUGUUCAAAUUAUGGCUAAACUACAAUGAAGCACUGGUUAAAUUGGUGUUGACCAGAACUUUGUUUGAGGUGUCCCUAAAAAAUUAUGUCAGCACCUGAUAAACGAUUCAAAACACUUUAGCUUCUCCUGCAGCAAUGGUGGAUAGUCUCCGUCUUAGAUUCCUUACAGCAACUGUUAAAUAAAGGAAGAAGAAGCAGCAGCAGGGAGACAGAAAUCAGUGACUGGACAAUAUGUUGAAGAUAGUUUUGCAGAUGACAAUCACUAAUGAAGGAUUUGCUUAGUUUAGAAUUCACUUUACAUGUGGACAGAUCUCUUUUAAGUUGCACUUUUUCUUGGGGACACCGGGAAACGUAGAGACUGAAACUCAUUAUACUUUUGAUGAUACGCAAUCUUUAUUGUGUUGCGUUACCCAUUAGCGUCUCGAAAUCCUCAUAUCGUUGAUGUUGUUGAGCUGUUUUUGGAGUCGGGACAUUUGGACGCUUUCAAGCUCUUGUUAUAAAUCAGUGUCUGCCUUUAAAUAUUGACUGAAGACGACGGGAUUAGCACUCGCAAACUGACAUUGUUACAUAGUCCCUGUUUUCGAGGGGAAAUUGUCAGUGUUUGUUACUUGAAUCUGUGGCUUUAUAUGAAGCUGGUGUAGUUCAAUAAAAAUUCCAAGUCCUUCAAGAAGGAAAUGGUGUCAGAGGUAAACGUAGCAGAAAGAAUCUGGUUCUGUGUAGACAUUGCCGUGCCUUCUAACAGCCACUAGGGGGCAGAUAGACUAACCUUGGAAUAAUGGAGUGAUUACAGGCUGCAGGGGAGUGACUGGGCAUUUCACAUGCAGUGAUACCGAUGCUAGGACUUUAUGAUUUAAGACAGGGUCUGAGCAUGUUGUUGACUGCUGGUAGUGUAGAUAGGAAUUUUUAACUUUGCCGGUUUACAGCAGGGAAUUGUGGGAACUUGAGUUUACCUCACUCUUCAUCUUGUGUAUAGAGCAAUCUCGUCACGACGUAGUGUUCGGAGCACGCACAUAAAUAUGCAAUGUAUCUAGGUCCUUUUUUUCUAGGAAGACGGACUGUAUCUAUCAGCUGUAGUUACUUUUGAACUGUGUUGGAGCAACACUUAAACUACCACUGUGCCCCAAACCCCUUCGCCCCAUUUCGUCAAAACACCCCUCCCCACCACAGCGAGGCUCUGGACCUCUACAGGAAGUGCAAUAGAGAUACAGCUACUCGUGGCUGGUUCACUUUGCCGUCACCAAGAUUUAAGUUUCUUUUCUUUUUCCGUCUGCGCUCCGUUUGGAUUCAAAGCACAAACUGGCUCAAGUGGAAUCGGCUCCGAUUCUGACGUGAUGUGCACGGUGCCUUGAAAAGCCUGGAGCAAGUGGGGUAGGGCUGGGUACUUUGAGACAGACGAGAGUAAGAGUAAGUUAAUUAUACAGUUGUGACCUCACCGUGCAUGGAAGUCACCACAGUCACCCCAGGAUGUCAAACGCACAAGUGCGGAGCAUUCGCAGGGUUUAAUUUCAAUUCAAACAUUACAUCAAACAUUGUCUCAGCUGUUGUGCAAAUCAAUGGUACAAGCAGAUUAAAAAACUUUCAGAAAGAUGUGUUAAGGCCCAGAAAAACAUGAUUUAGUUGCCGUUUUGUGUUCCAUUUUUGAUUCCUCUUACUUCUGUUGUCGUUCGCUUUUUGGCCACAGUAGUAGCAGAGCUCAAUGGACGGAAGUUAGUUCAUCCAGACUGAUUUAUUUUUGCAAAUGAAUCCUAAAGAUCCCUGUAUAUUUUGUUAAUUCGAAGCAGGACAGGCUCAGUUCUUCCCUUUGAAAGAAAACUUUGUAUUAUUGAAAUCCAGCACUUUAUUUUAUGGUUUUUGAAUAUUUUUCAAAACCUUUUUUGAUGCCUUAGAUUCAAAGCUGAUACCCAGCCCUAAUGGAGCAGAUCGGGAAGUUGGUUACAAUUGUAUACACCAUUUUCACGGCGACAGAUACACUGACAGCGUCACCAUGGCUCGUGCGUCACUGCGGUAACUUAACUUGCCAGCAGGAGUAUUUUGAUGGUCAGUGACCAAUUACUGGUGCUAUGUCCCAUUGCUGCGGCCUGCAGGCCCCUCUGUUGUAGAAAGACUUCAAACCCCCCGAUAAGUUUUACAAAAUAUACUUUAGUAAGUAACUUUAGUCCUCUGUAGCACACGUCCUUCAAAACCUCCGAGGGGUAUGUAUGCGUGAGUGAGUGUGAAGUAGAAGGAGAGGUUUCUCAACAAUACAGUGUGGGUGUGUGUGUGUGUGUGUGUGUGUGUGUGUGUGUGUGGGUGUGUCGUAUGGAAAGGUUCUUCCACAUAUGAAACAGUUCUUUUCGUUUUCUUUUUUUUCGGGACCAGGUGGAGUUCUAGUUAACAGCAACCGUGGGAUUCAGCUGUUCGUGCGCAGUUCUCGAGUCUACUUUCGCUGCUAGUUUGUGUAAUUUAUCAAGCAUUUCUGAGAAAUAUUUAUUUUUAUAAGCCUAAUACAAAAGUUGAUAUUUUACAAAGUGACUUGACCAAAAGACAGUAAACAAAAACACUGGCACUUGAAUGUUGAAUGUCAUUGGUAUGAGUGAAAAUUUCUAUUUUUCUGGGGUAGUGUGAGCUUUUUAAUGUUAAAGAUGCAACGUGCAGGGAUUUCUCUUUGGAUAUGUCACUGUUACAAGCUUUGUUAUACAAAUCCAAGUCCAAAAGCAACAAUACUGUCACUGGUGCCAAGAGGCUAAACAUCCCAAUACAAGAGUUCUGUAAUACAGGCCGAUACCUUUUUUCACACCACGUGCACAUCUUUGUUUUCUGCAUUUCCAGUUUUCUUUUUUUUUACAGCCCACAGCCCAACAGUCCCCUUAUAAAACCACAUUUCAAUUCACAAGAUCUAGAUUUUUGUUGCACCAUAUUGCAGACACUCAUAAAUAUUUUUCAAAUAUGGCAGAUUUUGUUGUCAUUAAGAUCCAUACAUGAUUCACUAGGGAAAUUGGUGAACACUGACCCUAUUCCUGGCUUAGCCCCUUUCUACUGAAGGUAAUGAGUUCUUUCUCGGCCCAUGUCCCAUCAUUUCUCCAAAUUUCAUAGAUGGAAACAUAACCUCCUUGGUGGAGGUAAUAACAGGCAACAGCACUUUCCUAUUGCCCAUUGAAAAAAUCGAAUUACUCUCUUUGAAACGAAGACAAGGAAAAACAGAUUAUAUUAUUUGCACUCAUCUUGUAACACAUAAUGUAAUUUGAUCUUAAAUGCUUUGUUUUGAUUCAACAUUUGAGAAAAUGCGUCAGUGAACUCUUUCUCUUCUUUCUCUCCUGUACAAUACGUGAAGAUGUGCACGUGGUGUCGCACGGGCUGAAGCACUGGCCGUUAUUGUGACAGUGAUGCAUCAAGAGAAACGUCCCACACGAGUUACCUUUAAAGUCACAUUGGACUCAGUAUCAGAUCCAUAAAACCUGUUUGUGCGACAGGUUCCAUUGCCAAUAAUGAUAAUCAUCCAUAAACAGCCAUUUUUUAAUUGGCAAACAAAAUUUGAGACAAUACCACCAUGUAUGCCAAGGUUUGGAUAAAAAAUAAAAAGAAACAUUACGAUCAAAGACCAUUUUGUAAAAAAAAGUAAUUUAAAAAAAACACUCAGUACAAAAAACAAGUGUCCAGAUUCUCUCCAAGUCGGUUGUUUUUUUCUUUUCAUUUGAGUCUUUACACUUUUCCUUCCCGUUAAAAAAACCCUUUGUGGUGAAUGUCUGGCAAGUGGCGACCUUCAAAGUCUUCAUAACACAGAAUUAACUGUGGUUCUAUUGCUAUGUUGUUGUGAUUUGCAUAUUUUCAGGCAUCAGUGUGUGAACUCUGUCACUGGGGAGAUUCUGGCCAAUCAGAAAUGAGGAUCCACUCUGCGGUCUUUUCCAUCCUUUUUUUUUUUUUGGGAAACAUGCGGCUGAUCCGUGACUCUUUAUCCGUCGUGCAUGAGAAUCUUAACGUAGCUUGUAUUUCUACUGAAGGUCCGCUUAGCAGAGACGCUCUGUAGUUUCUAUGACUGCAGCAACAACGGACCAGAAUGCAUUGCAGCCAAAGUGAAGCUGUGAUCACGGACAGAUCAACCGCUGGUAAAUAAUCACAUUUUAUAGUGUUUUCUGUGCACAAACUCAAAUAUUUGCGUGAGUAAGGUUAUGGCUCUUCUGCCCAUAUGAUAAACGGCACUCUGGGAAACCCGGUACAUACAAACACCUUGCGGCUUUAUUUCAUUUUCAGUUUGAUUAGCUUUAGAGAGUGAUCUGACGUUUAAAAAAGGAACGUGUGUAGACAUAUUUAGGAAUGGUUUUCGCUUAGACACUGAAAUGAAAUGGAGCCCGGUGUUGUCGCCAUUACUGACUGGCCAGAAGCCCCCUCCCCAGUGUGAACACGCAGCAGCACCAGCCUGGUAGUUAGCAUUUGCUUUAUGUAUUAGUUUUAGCAGUUGUGCACGAAGAGGAGCACUGCACGAAGAAAAGAAAACUGUGCAUCUGUUCUGAUUUUACCACAAAUAAAGGUUUGGAUUUGCAAAUGUUA